AUGCCGAGCGGCUCGUGGCAGAACGGCCAUGCGAUGAGACGACGUAUCUCCUGGGUCUGGCAUAUUUCCACAAUCAGGAACUUGCCAGGGCGCAGUGGCAUCUGCAGGGCAACAAGCUCCCAGAAGCAAGGUAUUUGCUUGCGAAGUGCUGUUCACAACUAA